AUGAAGCCAAUGUUCUCUGCUGGAAAUGCAACCUGUUGCACAAUCCUCUCCGUCUUUGGAGUGAUCUUCCUGGGCAUAAUGUCCUUCCUCUUCUCUAUCCCCGCAGAAUCCUUGACUCAUACCGUUGACGACCCCGACAACCCAGCCGAGGUCGCAAAGGCCUGUCUUACCGCUACCUUCUUUUAUGCCUUUAUGAUCCUCUUCUGUGGAUGCCAGACCUGGCUUAACAAGCGGGAGGAGCGCGCAGAGAUCCAAUUGCAAUAA